CAGACUUGCCGGAGGGGACCAUGGCAGUUCCGUGCGCCUUGAUCACCAGCUGCGUGGCGGAGUUCCCCGGCGAGGAGCUGGUGAAACGUAUCAUUGGAGCAGAAGAGCUUCCUGCGGAUGUUUCUUCAGGUGGGGGAGCCCGGUUUUACCCCUGGACAAUAGACAAUAAAUACUACUCAGCUGCCAUCCAUCUGUGCGUUGUGCCAAAUAAGUUUCUUGUGACAGGUGAAAUUGCUGAAUCUGUGCAAGCCUUCUUGGUUUAUUUUGACAGCUCAACCGUGUUGGGGCUAGAUAGCGUCUCUACGUGGCUUCCCCUCGUGGAAGAGUGGCUGCCAGAAGUGAUGAUCUUGGUCUGUGACAGAGUCUCUGAAACGGGAGUCAGCCGGCAGAAAGCACAAGAGUGGUGCAUCAAGCACAGCUUCGAGUUGGUGGAACUCAAUCCCGAGGAAGUGCCAGAUGAGGACGAUGACUUCCCAGAGUCCACCGGAGUGAAGCGAAUCAUCCAGGCCUUGAAUGCCAACGUCUGGUCAAACGUGGUGAUGAAAAACGAUAUGAAUCAGGGCUUUGGAUUCCUCACUGCUUUAGCAGGUGCAACCCACAGCAUUGCCUCAGAAAAGAACGAAGCUUCAGAACCCGAUCCCUUGCCAGUGGAGAGCGCAGAGUCCUCGGAACACAGAGGAGGAGAAGCAGCUGAUGCAGAUGGUUGGCCGGUGGACACAGUUGCUGAUCCCAUGCUGGAUCUCGACAUUCAGGAGCUUGCCAGUCUGACCACAGGAGAGGGAGACCUGGAAAACUUUGAGCGCCUUUUCUCCAAGCUGAAGGAAAUGAAAGAGAAGGCAGCCACCUUGCCUCGGGAGCAGAGGAAGCUGCAUGCAGAAAAGGUUGCCAAAGCAUUCUGGAUGGCCAUUGGAGGAGACAGGGAUGAGAUCGAAGGCCUGUCUUCUGAUGAGGACAACUGAGGUCCUUUGGAGCUCGUAUCGUGGAGCAGACCGGGAUUCUUGUGAUGCAUGUGCCAGCUGUUCUGGGCUGCUGUGAUGGUUUUUGACAAAGGCCUCCUUCCAUCAGAACCUCCAGAAAGAACACAACUCUUUGCUUGCUUUGAUAUUGUUCCAGGGCAGCAGCAAAGUAGGCGGCUCAACAUCUUGUUCCCUUGCCUGGAUUCAUCAACAGCAGCAGGAGUUGUCUGGUUAAUGGAGUCACAAACUUGUGUUUUCUGGUCAUCUUCUUGCAUCUCAGACAGCCUCUCUCUUGGCGACUGGCUUCUUGUGUUCUCCAUUUCCUCCCCCUUCUGCCUGUCUUCUGCUUCAAAGCAGAUGCUGGUGUCUGGAAGGGGCAAGCGAGUCCUCGGGAACCUUUGGGGCGGGGUGGGGGGGGCACGAUUGCUCUGGAAGCGCUCGCACAAUGGAGAAGCGUAACGAGCAAAGCAUUAACUGUCGUCACCUAAAAUGCAUUUUGAUUUCUUUAUGUUGCAUCUUUAUCUGUCAUCGUGGUGGCGAGCAUGGAAAAGGAAAUGUUUGGAAGUGAUUGGAGUGGGGGUUGUUGGUCCCUGACAAUGGAUAUGGAAGUAACAAACUGGAAGAAACUUAGGUGUACAGUUAAGUUUUUAAUUGUUGGUCAUGCACAGUCCGUUUCAAUGAUGUGUGACUCUUCGGAGUGUCUCGUAAGCUGCGACUGGGAGAAUUUUAGCCGCCUCCUGGAUGCCGAGGCCAAGGAUAGUAAACUCUGUGGUUCCAGGGGGAGCAAACAACCCACCGUCCCGCUACACUCUCAGUGGUGGGAUGAUUGGCAAGUGGUUCAGGGACCACUGCUAGGCUUUCAGAAUUGGGGAUCAUUUAACAAAAUUGGACAAAGUGGGUCAAAUUGCUGGGUCAAAGUGUCUCUGAGUUUCCAAGGACUUUAACACAUGUAUGGCAAGGUAAUUUGGAUUCUGGUCGUGUUGGGAUGGCUGUGGGUAGUGUUUGGGAACAACGCUGUCCUUUCCCAGGAGGACCAUUUAUCUUCGCCCAAAUGUUAUUGCCAGGAUAUAUGAGCUGCUUAGCUAGAACGUGCACUCGUGCAUACAGACAAUAUCUCACAAAAGUCAUUUCCACUCAGUUGAAGCACUUUAUCUUAAAACUUAGGUCUACUUUAAAUUUAAAUGCAAGUAGGAAAACUAGCUAGUUUUAUGUUUAAAGCGAAGGGGUUGGGGGCCCUUUCUGCUCAGGCGGUUAAGCCAAGGCCCUAAUCCGUUAGGACGUUUUCUGUAUGUAACUUUUUGAAGGGAGCAGCUUGUUCAGAACAUCCCCCGUGGUAGGGGGUGAGGCCCAGCGAACGUUUCCUGUGUCUUAAUGCUUUUUGUGUACUGUAAAAUGGGCUAAAUAAAGUCCGAUUGAACUACAGGCUC